AUGUCCGCCCGCCCUGCGACCGGGAGCAGGCGCUCCACUAAGACUGAGUACAUUGAAACAGUAUACCUUACCUUUUGUGUUUGGCGUCACGCUCAAACGUUGUCUGAUACUUCGUAGGAUACUGGCAACAAAAUCUCACGACGAGCCAAUAUCGAAGGCAAACAGAAUAUCAUGCUUGGCGGCAAGUCGGUUAUCAUGCCCGGAGUCCAGCUGCGAGGCGAUCUCCAUCGGCUGCCGGAGCCUACGGCUGAUGGAGAAAAAUCGAAACACCAACAGCCGUACGCCACCGCCAUCUCCGUUGGCAGGUACGUCUUCCAUUUGGUCCGCUGAUGCCAGCUCAAUCUGACUCGAUGUGUGCAGGUACAGUGUCAUUUCCACGGACUGCACGAUUCGGCCGCCCAUGCAAGUCCGUCAUGGCCAAAUGGUCUUCUAUCCCAUGCGAAUUGGCGACAACGUCUUCAUCGGCGCGGGAACGCAUGUCUCCGCGGCAGCGAUAUCAAAUCAUGUUCAUGUUGGAGCGAAUUGCGUACUGGGUCCGUUUAGCAUGCUCAAGGAAAGCAGCAAGGUGCUUCCAAACACCGUCGUGCCUUCUAAUAUGGUCGUGCCGCCUGGCUCUGUUGUCGGCGGGCGGCCUGCUCGCAUUCUUGGCCAAGUUGCUGACGGAUGGGGCCAAGGUGGAGGUGACGAUGGGGAGGACGUAGUUGAGGGCGGCGAUUUGAGGAAGCUGGUCAAGAGCAUCAAGUGA